AUGUCCUCCAACCCGCCGACCUUCCAGUCAAUCCGUUCCCAGCUUUCCGCCAUACCCCCUCCCUUGCUACCCCCAGGCCAUUCCCGGCUCCCCGCCCUAACCGCGCAAAUCGCCUCCCUCCUCCUCCACCCAACUCUCGAAGCCUCCCUCCACCUCCUGAACCACGACCUCCCCAGCGCACACUUCCUAGUCCGCAAGAUGCAAGCCGCACCCGCGUUCGAGGGGAUGCUGCUACAUGCUAUGUUGCACCGCAUUGAGGGAGAUUACGACAAUGCGAGGGCUUGGUAUGCGGAUUGUGCGGGCGCAGCGGCUGUGGAGUGGUGUUGGGGUGAGGAGGGGGAGAGGGGGGAUGUGCCCCCAGCUGUAAAGAAAGAGGGGGACGGAAAAGGGAGCGGUGGGGGCAAAGGCGACGACGAGUGGGAUGGAAUGGCCUCGAACGCGGAUGAACUAGAAGAGAUCGAGACGACCAAGGGGCCUCGGAGGGGUGGGGCGGCGUUGCGUAGAGCGCUGGAGUUCGUGGAUGCGGUGCAGAAGCUCAAGCGGGAUGGAGAGGGGGAUAAGCGGGAGUUGGAAGAGGUUUCGGGGAGGGAGAUCCGUGGGAUGUUGGAUUGGUGCGUGCGGAGGUUUGGGACCGAGGAGGUGCUGGACGCGAGUGGGGCGUGGAGACAGAGCGAGGCGCAUCGGGAGAUGCAGGUGGAUAUGACGACGGGGGGAAAGGGGUUUAGGAAGUUCUGA